GGAUUACUUCAAGAUUUAAAGCGAGCGGAGCAAAAGAGCUCGGACUCAGGCAAUUAAUGAUUUAUACACAAUAAGCUCAACAAAGCGUAAUUCCUGUAAGUAUACAAACCAUACUGUGCACUAAUAAUGUGUUAUUAUCGCUUUUCAAACAAGAAGAAUGCCAAGUAGGCGCAUUGCACCAUUGCCAGCAAAAACGACUAAUUUACAGAGAAGAACAAAUAUGGAGUUUUUAGGAAAUGCCGAUGGCAUGCAGAUGAUUCGACUUGACUCUGCGAACGACGACCACGACAACGGUUACGAUGGACGGAGCAACAACAGAAAUAACAGAAUAUUUCAAGAAAUGCCCAGCCACAAAGCUAAUCGAACGACGGAUGGCUCGAAAAGUGCUCUCAGCCGAAGGGGACACACUACAACACGUCGUCGAAGAGGCUCGCAAAAUUUUGGAAAUACUAGCAAUGGACUGGCCAUUGAUAUAGAAGAUGACAGCUCAUAUCCUAGUGAAUCGUAUCGAGAUAUUGCAGCGCCAAUAGCUACCAAACGCAGUGUGAGGAAAGCACAACGGUCGGAGCAUUCAUUGCCAAGAAAUUUAUCAUUCUGGAAGGCAAUGAGACUACGUUAUGCCAUGUGGUGGCAUCUUACAAAGCAAUCCAUAAAAGAGAGCAUUCAUGCACUUGAACUGUGGAAAGGUCAUCUCAAGGAGAUUGAAGGUCAAUUUGGUAAUGGCGUCCUUUCCUUCUUUCUCUUCUUAAAAUGGCUAAUGUUUUUGGACCUGCUAAUAUUUAUUCUCCAGUUCAGUUUCAUUGCAUUACCAACUCUGAUUAUGGAUGAACCAAUGAUAGAGUUACCAAAGAAUAGUACAUUUUGUCGAUCUUUAAAUAACUCAGAAAAGUUUGAGAAAAAUUUUGGCAAUGAGAUUGUUGACUUCAUGACUGGACAAGGCUGGAUUAACACCACCAUCAUGUUUUAUGGAAGCUAUCCUGCAGGUGAUUUGACAAAAGGUGGUGCAACAUAUAAAUUACCAUUAGCUUAUGUUUUGGUUGGUGUGGCUUAUCUAUUCUUAAGUCUUCUUCUCAUGGUCAGUAGUUUAGCAAAGAAUUUUCAACAGAGCUAUAUCGAAGGUGGUGGUCAGUUUCACUCAUUCUGCAACAAAGUGUUUGCCUCGUGGGAUUUCUGCAUCACUGAUGAAAAAACAGCGAAAAUAAAGAGUCAGAAUUUCACGAAAGAUGUUGUAGGUACUUUAGAAGAAAUAAAGCGUUGGGAAGAAUUCAAGAAUCGUUCCAACAAGAAAAAGUUCAAGCUGUAUACAGUUCGUCUUAUUGUUGUCAUAUUGGUUAUGGCCAUACUCGCCGGCUCUACAUACGCUAUCUUUUUCACAACUGAAAUUGCUUUAAAAUCUGCUGAGGAGGGUACACAGGGGGAUCUUCUGGACACUGUGGAACGUUACGCACCAUCACUGACGAUCUCCAUUCUCAAUUUAAUUGUACCUCCAAUUUUCGCCGUGUUGUGUUCGUUUGAAGAGUACAGUCCAAGUUUUGAAUUGGCAAUGAAUCUUUUCAGGACUGUUUUGCUCAAAUUGGCGUCUGUGGCAUCUUUGGUCAUUACGUUGUAUAUUGAAGCAUCAGACAUAAAGAAAUGUGAUACAUGCUGGGAAAAUCAGGUUGCUGCCCAGAUGUACAUGUUGAUAUGGAUUGACUUAAUUAUUGUUUUACUUACAACAUUGCUUGUAGACUCAAUUUACAGGCUUCUUUUUGAUCAUUGGGGAUUUUUUGGCAAGGUUGCUCCGUCGCCCGAGUUUGACAUAACAAAAAAUGUACUCGAAUUGGUUUAUAGUCAAGCUUUGAUAUGGAUUGGCUGUUAUUUCUCUCCAUUGAUGGCAGCUAUGGGCGUUGUGAAACUUUUUAUUUUGUUUUAUGCAAAAAAGAUCGGUCUGAUGUUCAGUUGCAAACCAUCAUCAAAACCCUACAAUAGCUCUCGUGCUAACUACCUCUUCACCAUGCUGCUUCUUUUGUCUUAUCUCAUAUGUCUUGUUGCUAUUGGUUACGCAGUCACGAGAAUAAAGACGUCUUGUUGUGGACCAUUCGGCAACAGUAAUUGUGAACCCAACUUUCGAAUGUAUGACGUCAUUCCGAACGAAAUCGAUAAAUGGCCAAGUGUUAUUCAAGAUAUCAUACAGUUCAUAGGAACUGUGUCUUUUAUAUUCCCAUUUGCUAUUGUACUAUGUCUUCUUUUGUACUAUUUCCGUUCAAUGAACAGAGCUCAUCAUCAUAUGAUUGAUAUGUUAAAGGAUCAACUCAUAUUGGAAGGACGCGACAAACGUUUUCUAAUGGAGCGUCUUUUGGCAGACUCCCAAAAGAAGAAAUUAGAAGAAGCGUUUCCUACCGAUGCCUCGUCAUCUAGUGCAAUACUUAAUGCAAGCCAGUGAGGCGGGGAUAAGUUUUAGAAAAGCACACACACUUUUUUACUUAGAUUACAGGCGCCAUGUUCAUUGUAGCACACCACACACACCCCCACCCCUCUUAUGUUGAGCCCAUGCCCAUGUAUUUACUCUUACCUGCAUUACAGGCGCCAUGUUCAUUGUAGUACAACCACCCACCCCACCCCCCUUAUAUCCAACCAUGCAAUUUUUUUUACUUUUAACUAAAUUAUAGGAGCCAUGUUCAUUGAAGCACAAAUCACCACCCCCUCCCCGCGUCAAUAUUUGUGUAAACUCUGCAAAAUGCGCGCGAGUCUGUAACAUCAUAAAGGCUGAUUUCCAUUCAGAGCAAAUUGUAGCGCGAUCGACUUUUUCCGAGCACUUUUUUUUCAAUUGUAAGCUCUUGACCGGAACAGUUUCUCACUGCUCAAUUCAAAAGAACUUGAUCGCAAAAAGUAGAUCGCGUGACAAUUUGCAUUGAAUGGUAAUCAGCCUUAAGUUUGGCAUUUGAAGAUGGGUUGGUGUAAAAUUAAGGUAUAAUUUUUAUACGUUAUUUGUUUGUCAUCGCGGACAUAAAAAUGCUUUGUAAAUUACUUCUUCGUACUUUGCACGCCUGUUUGUAUGGCUGGAUUGUUACGAUUCAUAAAUUAUUUUUAGGCAUUAGAGUAUUAUAUUUGUACAUUAAUAUAUUUGUUGUAAUGGAAAUGCACAAUCAUUUUUGUAUUUUUGCGUUGUAUAAUAAGAAUUUAAUUUGAAGUAU